GCAGCACGCAAUGAGAAUCCAUGGAUCUUUUAAAAAUAUUUGGGACUCUAAUGUUAAUAAAGUCAACCAGAGAAGAUGAAUGAAACUGGGCUUCGGAGGACCCUUCCUGACCAGACAUCAGGGAGCGGGCACACCUUUGACACUUCGCACCACCCGAGCAUCACCAACACCAUCCUGUCAAAGCGGGUCUGCUUCUACAAAAGUGGGGAUCCUCAGUUCAGUGGCCUUCGAGUGGUCAUCAACAACCGGACCUGUAAAACGUUCGAUGCGCUCCUGGACAGUCUUUCCAAGAAGGUUCCCCUGCCAUUUGGAGUCCGGAACAUCACGACUCCUCGAGGGAUUCAUGGCAUCAAUACUCUAGACGAGCUGGAGGAUGGGAAAUCGUACAUCUGUUCCGACACCAGGAAAGUCAAGCCCAUUGACCUGGCCCUGGCCCGGAGGAGGCUACCACCUUGGUACCAUGCGAGACCUGUUAGUUCUCGCCACAGGACAGCAAGGUUUUUCCCAGGCAGGAAAAACAUCCACAGAGACGGCAUAGGGGUAAUUCGUACACCCAAAAAACUUGUGGUUUUCCGCAAUGGAGACCCCUCCAUCAGGCAUAUUGUGGUGCUACACAAGAAGACUACACCAAAUUAUGAGUCUAUCCUGGGACACAUCUCAGAGUUGAUGCAGUUCCAUGUGAGCAAACUACACACUCCGGAUGGACGACGGAUUGAUGGUCUUCCAGGUUUGAUUUUGUGCUCUGGAAGUGUGGUGGCUGUAGGCAGGGAGCCUUUCAGGCCUGCAGUGUAUGGUGCAGAUAAAUCUCCAAGUCCAACAAGGCGACCUACCAAGCAAAGGGCUUAUAAAAGACAAAAGACAUCAGUCUCCAAAAAAAUGACACCUUCAUUUUCUUCAAAGUCUAGAAAUUUCUCUACGUCGUCUGAGAGAUACAUCGUCCAUCAGAUUCACAACAGUGUUGGCGAGAACUCCUGUGAUCUACCAACUAACUCCAUUGAGUCGGGUUCAGAUCGAAUACUGGAGUCUUUGGCAGAGACGGAGGAGGACACCUGUCUCAGCAACAGGAAUGGUGAUGAAGGGCAGGACAGCGUUCUGCCCAAUGACGACAACAUUGAGAAGUCCUUUCGGGUGAAUCAGGAUGGCAGCAUGACGGUGGAGAUGAAGGUACGACUGACGAUUAAAGAAGAGGAAACUGUUCACUGGACGACCACCCUGACACGUUCAGUUGCUGCAGAUCAGGCUGAUGUGGCAUGUUUGCCAGAUCCAGAGCAGGAGGUUUGCUCAAAUCAUUCUCAAACUUCUGCUACUUCCACAGACAUUGUCUUUAAGGACAGAACCAGAGACGGCAAUGACGAUGAUCCACCGUCACUUGGAAAUGGAGCUGUCAGUGACACUUUUCAGGAGGAGGAUGAUAAUAAAGACCACAAUGGGUCUUUGCCAUUAUCAAGAAGAGUCCCUACCCCAGGGUGCAAGAAAAUAAGCAAACUCCGAGCUUCUGUGGAGAGCAUUAAGUCUGUAACUAUGGAUGAAAUUGGAGAAGGAAAGACUGGUUCUUAUAUUUUCAGAGAAGAGACAGAGAACAGGACAAUAACAGAGCAGUUCUACAUGGAGAAUCAGAACAGGGCAAAACCAGUUCCCAAACCAAGACAACACGGCUCUGUGGAUGUCAACAGCAGAGAUAUUUCUGCAUUCAAAUCCACUGAAAUUAUGCAGACUGAAUCGGGCGGAGAGGACGUUACUGAAGCACUUAACCUCUGA